UCUAGUUUUUACAUGUAAUGUUUUUAAUUGUGUUGCUUUAUUGUAUUUAUUUAUUUUUCCUGUAUAUAUAAAUUUGACCAUCCUACUAGGAAAUAAUAUGAAGUACUUGCAUUUUUAUUCAGAAUAAUUGUCAGUUGUGGCACACAAAAACAUAUAUCCCCCUUGAGAAUCGCCGCGUCUAUAAUACAACUGCGGAAUUAAAAAAACAGCGGAACUUAAGUACAGCAGCGCUGUUGUCCCUCUUCGGACUGUUUAUGUAGACGCACAUGUGCUCAUUUCGGGCUUUUGCGUCUGCGCCGAGCUGUGGUGUUUCUUAGCCGGUUUGUUUUAAUAACAAAUCCACACUAAACCGCUUAAUAACACACAGAUAUGACCUGUAGAGUUGUAUUUAGUAAAGGAUGAUUGAAUAUGGCCGAGGACGAACUUGCCGCGUUCAGGGAGCGUUGGAAAGUAGAGUUAACGAGUAAUAAAGAGGAGCAGCCAAUUGUUUGUGCUCCUUCCACUUCUUCUGUGGAUGUUCCUGCAAAGUCAGGCCAAAGAGACUUGAAAAAUAGGUACUUUGAAGAUCUCAACAAGGAGUGUAGUCCUUCAAAAGCAGAAGUUGGUGGUUGCAAAGAGGAUGAAACACGUGUUGUUGGUGGAGAAGGAGGUGGAGGAAGAGGAAAAGCUGCAGCAGAGUCAGAGGAUCAGCCUGAAUAUGUGUCCAUUGCACGUAGUCUGCUGGAUGGGAGGACCAGUCCUCUGCUGGACAGGAUUCAGCAGGAGAGGACCAGGAGAAAGAGACAAUAUCAAAACAAGACCAAUGUGUGCAGCUUAAUCCUGCAGCAGCAGCCCAAGAGGAAGGUCAAGAAAGAUGAGGAGCUGCUGGAUCUACUCAUUCAGGACCUGAAUGAGGUCAAUGACAUUCCCUUCUUUGAUAUUGAGCUGCCAUACGAGUUGGCCCUGAAGAUAUUCCAAUAUCUCAACUGUACUGAGCUGGGCAGGUGUGCACAGGUGAGCAGGGCAUGGAGAGUCCUCGCAGAGGACGGCGUUCUGUGGUUCAAGAUGUGCACGGGGGAGGGUUACCAUCAGGACGCCAGCGUGUCCGACUCCCCCUGCUGGAAGAGCACGCUGCGAGACUGCAGGAACUCGGCCAAAACUGUGCGAUCCAACUGGAAGAAUCGAGUAGGAUCCAUCAGCCAGCUGCAGUUCGAGCUGGGGAAGGUGCUGUGUGACGUCAGCUCCUGUGAGAACUUCGUCUUGGCUGGGUACACGUCUGGUGAUGUGAGGCUGUGGGAUACGCUGCACUGGGACUCGACAGCCUCUUACUUGAAGAUCAACAGCCUGUCGUCGAACUCUAACCCCAGACCUUAUGUUAGUCAUGUCCAGGUCAACGGCACAGUGGCUGCUGCUGCUUAUGAAGAUGGCUGUGUGGACCUGUGGAGCACAGAGACCGGUGGAGAGCCCAUCCACCACUACCAGAGCCCAGAGAGGAUCCAGGUCUUGGCCCUGAGCCCUGACAGCCCCAUCCUGGGCUCCGCCGCUGGGCCUGACAUUCGGCUGGUCCGUGCCGACGAUCGCGGCUACUGGAGGACAGUCUGCCAGGCUCAGCUACCCAAGACUGUUGAGAGCCUGGUUGUGGUGCCAGGCAGAGGGCAGCAGUGGCCGCUGGCGGCUAUGACAGCUGGAGAGGCCGUCUACCUGAUGGACCCCCGGGAGGAGGAGCCACGAACGCUGCACUCAGUCUACGGUCAUCCUGUUACCUGCCUGGAUGCCUCCGACUCCCAAGUUGCAUUUGGAGUGAAGCGCACGGGCUGGGCCAUGCACGAUGGAGGAAACAAGAUCCACGUCUACAGCCUAGAGACGGGCAAACCUGUGGCUUGUGUCGGCGACUCGUUGGGAGAUUUCACUUGCAUCAACCUGAGAGACAGCCCUCCUCACCUGCUGGUCUGCGGAAACAAAGACAGGAGGGUGAGGGUGUUUGACCUACGAGCCGGCUCCUCCGUGGCGUCCCUGUACGCCCACCACCUGGGCGUCACCUCGGUGCAGGCGGACGAGUGGAAGAUCGUGAGCGGCGGAGGCGAAGGAUUGGUGUGCGUGUGGGAGAUGAGGAUGGGGGCCAAGCUGUGGGAGAUGCACAACAGGCAUCCUGUAAGGCAUGUACGCUUCAACACCAGCACCCUGGUGACAGCCAACAUCCCCGAUGACAAGUUGCCAAGAGGGGCCUGCAUCACAGACGAUGACCUCACAGCUCACCGCAGACACAGGGGAGUCAUCUGCCAUUACGACUUCUCUGAGGACGCGUUGUCACAGGAUCACAUCCUGCCCAUCUGCAGGUCCGACUACAUCGAGUCAUCCGGCUACAACUACAACAUCGGCCUGGCGAUGCCUUACGACAGGCUUUCUGGCUCCCAUCCAUCCCACUGACAAGCGGUUUUCCAAACUGCAACUUGUCUCAGUGAGUGACUGAACAGACUAAUUAAAUGAGUUUCUUUUUAUUAUCUAAAUCAAAUCAAGCUUCUUGUAAUAAGAAGAUAACAUAGUAUAGAAAUAUUCUAUAAGAAGAAGAAAUGUAAUAUUUUAAAGUGUAUUAUCUAUAACUGUUGGUAUUUGUAAUUUAUAAUGUGGAAGCUGCCCAGAUGUUGCUCAGGAUCGGUCUUUUAAACAACUACUGUAUAAUUAAUUUAUUUUUAAUUGAUAGCUUUCUGGUUUUGAUUCAGUGCUGCUGUGCAACAUUACAGCAAUAAAAGUUAUAUUUCUAACUCAUUUACUAAAUAAGAUUCUUCUUACUACAUUUAUUAGUUUCUCAAAAAUAAAUAAUUGUGCACAUA